UUCUGAUCAUUGCUGAUGUGACCUGUCGAAUACAAGAGCUGGAUAUCAUUUCAUCCACCAGUUUUUACAUCACACUCAAGUACUGCCGCCUUUGGGGCCAUGGAUGACUUUGAGUACUACGAUGACUUUGAGGACUACGAUGACUUUGAGGACUACGAUGACUUUGAGGACUACAAUGAUAUCAUAGUAGAAGUGAUGUCUGAGGAAGAGCUGUAUCCGAGACAUAUACCCAAUCGAACUCGAAUACAAGGAGUGAGGGGAUAUGGUUAUAAUACAUGUGAGAACUGCAACAGAACAUGGAAUACUUACAGAGGGCACGUUGUCAUCGAUCUCAAAGAACAAGAGGUGGUUAAGAUCUACAAACAGCUAUGCAACUGGUGCGAAGAAGAAAGUGUUCCAUCAUUUAGUGAGGGAGAGUUCACGGAGAUGGUUGAAAAAGCCAUUGAAAAAGCCUUUAAACAGGAAAGAUACUUCCGAAAUCGGAAUUCAAAUGACAGGACUGUCUUUAAUGAGGGAAGACGUCGUAGACCUCUUGGACGACCACCACACGACAGUGCCCGUUGCGAAAGGUGCAGAUAUGGAGAGGGCAGGAACUGCUUGGAGAGAUAAGUCAGUCGAGGUCGAAAAAGACGACUUGAUGUCCAACAUGGCCGUCGUUCUUUCAAGCCCGUGUUUUAUGUUGGAUUGUUAGA